CAUUUUAAUGCUUCGGUUCGUAUUUCUAGGUUAGAAAUUAAGUAUAAAACAACUCAGGAUGAAACUAUUGUUAUAGUUAGAACCAUGUCAUCGUUAAAAGAAUGUUUGAAAAUAGCUAACUCGAAAUUCUGUGCUUUUCAUAGUUGUACAAAUAACAGUUAUCGUUGCAGUGAUUUAAAAUUUUUUCGGUUUCCUAGAGCUUGUACCCGUGUAGCAUUUAAUAUUAUAGAAUCCAGUAAUAAACACAUAAAAAGCUGUCUCAAAUGUAAACGAUGUCAGAAGUGGAGUAUUAGUUGUAAAAUUUCGUCAGAUCUUGGUUUUAAAGCUCAUCGACUUUAUAUUUGCGGAAAACAUUUCAUUGAUGGUCAUCCCUCGAACAAGUAUCCAGAUCCAAUGCCAGCGGAAAUAAUUAACAGAAUGAGGAAGUUAAAAAAAAUUGAACAUUUGGCACUGAACAAUGGGAAAUUUUCAAAAGAUUUAUCCAGUUUAACGACAGAUUUGUCUUUCAUAAAUAGUAAACUAUCAUCUCUUCAUGAUAUCCGUGAUAUAGUAUCAACAACAACCGCAAUUUUAGAUGAAGUAUAUUCAAGAGUAGUGGCAGAAGGGCGAAGGUGUCAUGUAGCCACAAAUGCGUUGAAAAAAUUAAGCAAAAAGACCAGAGAAAAGGAAAUAUUUGAUAAAUUGAAGGUAUUGGAAAGUACCAUAACAGUUUUGGACUACAGGCUAACAACUUCUUUUGUUAUCACUUCUGAAGAUAGAGCUGUAUUCAAAGAAACGAAUUUAUCACAAGCUACCAGACUUGAAGAAAAAAAUAAGCGACUAAUAGAAAAAAAGGCGGAUCUGAUUAAGGAAAUUGAAGCUAAAAAAAAUAUUUUAGCUGCAGAAGAGAACACGAUUCAAAAUUUGUUUUAUUCUAAUGAUUCUUCAACUAUUAUAUUAAUUGUAGACGACGACGAUCAUAAGUGAAAUAAAUUAUUUUUUUAUCGUUAAUUUUAUAUUUUUUUAAUAUCGUGUAUAAAGCAGAAAACGUUUAUAUUCGUUAAAACCAAAUAAAAUUAUUCACAUUUU